AUGGCGAACUGCUGGAGAAACUUGAGCCCUGAGUCUUGUAAAGAGUGUUUAGAGGAAGAAUUUCUUGAUUUCUUGAGAAGAGGAUCAGUGGAUGUCGAAAAAAUGGCUAAAGCUCUAACAGACAGUAGCUUGAAUUUCAAAUACUCAACAUUGGAGAAGGCAACAGCUGUUUCCUCUGUCUAUGUCAUUGACAUUGUCUCAGCCUCUUUCUGUGGAGCCUAG